AUGGGUGCGUCAUCAAGAGGCUGCCAGCAAGCGUCUGGAUCGAGUACGCAACUCGCCCAGCACGCCGUCGAGUUCACACAUCAGGCCGAGAAGCUCUCCCUGCGACAACCGACUGGCGAGGCUCCCUCUGUUGCCAUCAAGGCCGAUUUCGUGACGCCUCAGGACCCCGUCAUAGUCGAAUCCGAUGGAAGCCGAUUGCCCGGCGUCCCGCUCCAAGAAGCGCACAGGCUCAAUGUCCUCCGCGAGGAACUCGAGGGCCCGCCCAAGACGGUCGAGAUCAAGCAGGGCGACGAGACCAAAGAGAAGAUAUCCAACACCAAUGCCAAUGGGAGCGAGGAACACAAGGUCGUCCGCAUGCCCAAUGGCCAGGAUGGCGAGUCGCCACAACCGUCGGCGGGCGGGACGUUGAAGCGUUCCAUGCCACCGUCGCACACCCACCCGCUAUUCCCUCCGCUACCGCUAUACGGGCCGCCUUCGCUGCUACGCAAAGUCCAGUGCCUCUUCUUCCGGAUAUCUUCCUUUUUCCUGAGCCUGGCAUUCCUCUGCGUCAUCGUUCUCGGAGCGGUUUUCACUAGCAUACCCCGCGCUACAAACAAAGUGUUCCACAGAUUGACGCUUCGCAAAUUGGACGAAAAGAGGCCCUUUUACGAGGAGGAGAAACGGCGAGCAGAGCUGAGGAAGAAGAAGCAAGACGCGUGGGGGCGGAGGCCAUCUGUGGACGGACUGCAAGGAGAUCAGGAGAGCGCAGCUGACGAGUAUCCCCCGACUGAGGGCGGCAAAGACCCCAUUGUUUGCGACGUUGGAUACUACGCAAGGAGAGUCGGACUGGACGUCGAAGAGUUCAAGGUUCAGACCGAAGAUGGCUUCGUCAUCGAUCUCUGGCACGUGUUCGACCCGAAAGAGUACACGAAGCUGGACGCGACAAGCCGCGAUCACAUGGGCCCAACUGUCUUUCAGGGCUCGACGAAGAAGCUCAAGGACACGGAAAAGAAACCCAAGUUUCCCGUGCUCCUGAUGCACGGGCUUCUGCAGAGCUCCGGGGCCUACUGCUGCAACGACGACGAGUCGCUGGCCUUUUGGCUGUGCAAAUCGGGCUUCGACGUCUGGCUGGGCAACAACCGGUGCGGGUUCAAGCCGCGUCACACUGUUCUCGAGUACGGGGACCCGCGGAUGUGGUGUUGGAACAUUCGACAGAUGGGUGUCUUUGACCUGCCCGCGCUCGCAUCGCGGGUGCUCUCGGAGACGGGCUUCGAGAAGAUUGGCCUGAUAUGCCAUUCGCAAGGCACGACGGAGACGUUUGUGGCGCUCGCCAAGGAGCAGCGGCCAGACUUGGGCGAGAAGCUGACCGUCUUCUGUGCGCUGGCUCCCGCAGCCUACGCAGGCCCCCUGAUCGGCAAGGUAUACUUCAAGUUCAUGCGUCUCAUCUCGCCAGGCAUGUUCAGAAUGGUAUUCGGGAUCCAUUCCUUCAUGCCCAUCAUGAUGCAGAUGCACGAGCUGCUGCACCCGCGCUUCUUCGGAUGGAUGGGCUACAAGGUGUUUUCGUACCUCUUCGACUGGACGGACACGCGGUGGGACCGCGGCCUGCGCGACCGCAUGUUCCAGUUCGCGCCCGUGUAUGUCAGCGCUGAGUCGAUGCGCUGGUGGCUCGGCCGCGAGUGUUUUGCAAAGCACAAGUGCAUCCUCGCGACCAAGGAGACGACCAGAGAGGAAGAAGCCAUGGACGCAUACGAUGACGGCCAGGCUGAGGCGGCAGAUCCGCCCGAAUCCCAGCAAACUGCCGACUCUCAACCUGGCAACGGCGGCACGGCGUGGUACAACGAGCAGGUUCCGCCGUUUGCGCUCUGGGUCUGCGGCAACGAUCAGCUCGUGGACGGCAGAAAGCUGCUCAAGCGGUUCCGCAACGGACGGGAGCCGCACGUCAAGCUCGUGCACAGCAAGGUGGUGGACGAGUACGAGCACCUCGACGUGCUCUGGGCCAUGGACGCGCCGGACCGCAUCUUCACCGAGAUUCGCGAGGUGCUGUGGAAGACGUGCCACGCGCGCCACGCCUGUCGCGUGCCGGUGGGCUGCGAGGCGGUAGAGGCGUGGCGGCGCCCUGAGUCGGGUGUGGAGGGAGAGCCGUCGGCUAGCAAGGAGGGAUAG